AUGCCAUUGCAUUGGCACGCGCUCAUUGCCGCGCUUCUCGUGCUGAUCGUCGACCGCGCGGUCGGUGCAUGGAGCUACGAGAACGUCCUCCGCGUCGACUCGGUGCAGGCGCUGCGGGCGUCGGGCAUGGAGUCCACACAGAAGCUCUGGGUCCUCUGGUAUGGCGACGACACCGCGGCAAGCGCGCUAACCGCUUUGGACGACGUGGCGCGGGAGCUGCCGUACGCGAUGCGCGCAGGCUGGAUCUCCAAGGAGGUCGCGACGUCCAUUGGCCUACAGUCGCUCACGCCGCCGCUGCUCGUGCUCCUGCGCGAGAAGCCGACAUGGAACCCAUACAAGGAGCGGCUUUUUCGUCCGCCGGAGCCCAUGCCGAUUUUGCCGAGCCAGAUGGACCUUCGCACGCUCAAGAAGCUCGUGCGGGAGCGUGCGCCGUCCAACGUUCUCACGGCCUGGAACAGCUCGUGGCCGCCAAACGAAACCAGGGCCGUGCUUUUGACCAAGAAGAAGACGCCAUCGCUUUUGUACAAGGCGCUCUCGGUCGACUUUCCAUCGAUACGCUUCUACUUGGUGGCCGACGAAGGCGAUGCGCACGGUCAAUUUCCCGCCGUGUCCCUUCCGACGCUGCUCGUGGGCCCCUCCGAGGCCGACUACAAGUUGUUUCCAGCAGAGAAGGACUUGACGUCGUACGAUGACCUCGCGAGCUUUGUCCGCGACCAUGCACCUCACAACAACAACGACAACAACACAGCCGAGCCCGAGUGGCUCAGCACGGCCGCGUUGGAAGCAGCGCUUGCGGAAGCGCACGCAAACGGAAACGCCUCUGCGUGGCUCGUGCUUGCCCAGCCCGAGACCUCGUCGCCCAUCGACGUAGCCUCGAGCGCCGAGUGGGCCCAAUGCGUCCAGGACAUCCGUUCCAAAGCUGGCCUUCUCGUCCGCAUCGCGCUCGUGCUCUGUGAUGCGUCGUGGUGUGCCGACAAGCCCGGCGUGUACCAUCUUCCGUACGCCAAAAAACCUUCGAUCUCGGCGGCCUCGCUAGUGCCAUUGCCAUCGGUCGCUGCAUCCGCCGCGUCGGUGCUUCGCACGCUGCCCGACACGACGUCAGGUCUCUACGGCAGCAACGACUUGAACGCCGACACGCUCAGCUUUGUGCUUUUCACAACCAAGGACGAGGCACCGACGGUCUUUCAAGCCGUUGCACUCGCCUACGCGCCCCGCCUCCAGUUUGGCGUCGUCUACAAGCCGUCGCCCGAGAUCAAGGCGCAAUUCGGCAUUGGCCACGUGCCGUCCAUGGUCGCGUUCAUGACGCCGCGCGAUCCAAGUGUGCCCAAAGAGCAAUUCUCCAUGGCGUUCUACGACAAGAAACAGCUGGGGCCGCCGACGUUUGAGAAUAUUGCUCGCUUCCUCGACCAGCUCCUUGCGUCGUACGGCCCGGCAACAACGGCCGACUCUGACGUUGCUAGCAUCGUGCACGUGCACAGCAGUGAGAGUUUGGCGUCGGUCUGCAGCGGCGCGACCUUGUGUGUCGUCAGCGCUGUCGCCGAUACAAUUGCACCGCACGAAGAGAUGCUUUUGGAGCUCGCGCGACAGAGCAAGGCGGCCGGCAGCCCCGUUGUGUACGUCUGGCUCGACGGCACGUGUCAAGCCAAUGUAGCCCAGCAGCUAGGUAUCGAGAGCUGGCACUUUCCCAGCGUCGCUGUCUACUCGCCGCUCAAGCACCGCGUCGCAACGCACGUCGGUGUCUUCGACGCUGCCAGUGUGGAAGCCUUUGUACAUAGCGUCUUGUACGGCAAGACACGGACCGUCGCCAUUGAUGGUCCAUUGGCGUGGAUGGACCCGGCAGCCUGCACCGCCCGCUCGGCAGAAGUGGUAUCGCCCGUUGUCGAGGAAGACGACGACGAGGAUAUGGCCGAUGUGAUGGCCGAGAUCCUCGCCGACGAAGCCCGGCAAAAGGAGGCCCGCAAGCGUGCGCUGCAGGAAGAAAUCGAGGCGGCCAAGAAGGCGGUCGAGGACGCUGCGACGCCAAAGAAGUCCAAGAAGAAGCUCAAGAAAAGGAAGAAGAAGACGACCAAGACGACCGAGAAGGACGAAUUGUAG